GUAUAAUCUUCCAAGUGUUUCUAUCCCUUUGCACACAAAUAAAUGUGUAUCUCAAAAUAGUUUUAUAUUAUAAAACAGUAGCAUGAUGUAGGCAUCUAUCUGAAAUUUGCUUUUUUCAGUCUUGUUUGCCAUGUCGGCACAUACAGAACUACCCCCACCCCAGGGUGGCCAUGUGGAAGUUCUUUGGUGGGCAAAAUGGCACGUGUGGUCACGGUGUAUCUCUCCUGUUCUCCACCAGGUGGAGCUGUUGGAGGCGCUACUCAACUACUACAUUCUCAACACCCUCUACCCCAAGGUCAACGAGAAGUUGGCAGAAGGCUUCCCCCUUCCUCUGCUCAAGGAUAUUCGGCUCUAUGACCCUGUUCUCGAGAUCCACAAGGACUUCCUGUUCCUGGGCACCAACCUCCAGUAUGUGAGAGCUUGAGAGCAGGGACACAGCCGGGGUUUGGAGGCCACAGCUGGAUCGGCAACUUGCAUUUCCAGAUGUGCCGUGUAUUCCCAGUGAUUCUGGGAAGAUGAAGACUUCUCUGUUCUCAGCUCCGGGGGAGAGGUCCGCCUGGCCUCUGCCCCCACACUGCUUCUCUUCAGCAGGUGCGCCCAUACCCUCUCUGACUCUGGGCUUCAAUGCCCCCACCUCACCCAGGACGGACCAUCUUCCCGCCCUGGCCUGGACUAUCUUUAAGGACGGGCAUCAUCUUUUUUAGUCACCAUCUGAUCCCUGUACCUGGCACUUAGAUCCUCAAUAAAUAUUUAUUGAAUGGUUCAAUGAAGGAA